AUGUCUGAUAUGGGGCAUAUUAUUGCCACAUUUCAAUCAAGUGAAACCAAGCUACGUGAGAUUGCCAUUGGUUUUGUUGACGAUGAUCACUAUGUCCAAGUUCAUUUGUCUCCAGAUCAUCCUAUUCCACCAGUUUCUAGAAUGUGGCAUGAACAAAGUGACAUAUGCGAUGUAACACAUUUGUACUCGAGGUACCAAGCGCGUGUGGAUGCAUUUCAACAACUUCCGAGAGUGGAGAAUGUAGCUACUACAGAUACGGUCAUCUUAAUGACUGACGAAAAUGCACCCACUACAGAGUAA